AUAAGUGGAUCUCUCUCUCCCUCAAAAGGAUAGUACUCUCUUUCUGUCUCUCUCACACAGCAACAUAUCACCUGAAAAUCGAUGUAUAUAAUGUGUAUAUAUAUAUUCAUGGGGUUUCCCCGUGUUCCAUACGGUGAAUCAAGCGUCUCAUUAAACCAGUUUCACAAUGGUUACAUGUGUGCCUCUGAUUCACACCACAAUGUCCUGGUUGCGCAUGCAAACAAGCCGCAAAACGAUUCAAUUAGGUUAUCCUCUGCCUUCACGGUGCUUUACGAGCUCUGAGUCCUCUGCGACAUCAAUCGCCAGGCGAACUGCGAAUUUCAUGCCGACCAUUUGGGAUCCCGAUCGUAUUCAAUCAGUAAGAAGUGAUUUUAAGGAAGAGGAAUAUAUGAGCCGAACUGAAGCUCUAAAGAAACAAUUCAAGGCUCUUUUAAGGAGGACAACCGAGCCAAUCGCCCCACUUGAGCUCAUUGACUCAAUCCAAAGGCUGGGAGUGGGGUAUCACUUUGAGCAGGAUAUCAAAGUGGCUUUGGACACUAUUUACUCCAAUGCUGAUAUCCAACAGUCAUGGAGUGAUGAUCUCUAUGCAACAUCCCUUGCAUUUCGACUGCUUAGACAACAUGGAUACCGGAUGCCAUCAGAUGUAUUUUGCAGAUUCAUGGACGAGAAAGGUAGUUUCAAAGUAAGUUUGAUUGGAGACGCCAAAGGAAUGUUGAGUUUGUAUGAAGCAUGCCACCUAUCUGUUCCUGGAGAAGAUAUUUUGGAUAAAGCAUUCACAUUUACCAGUAAGAACCUCAUGGACUUAACUGAUCGAUUAGAGCCAAGUCUUUCUCAAAAAGCACAACAAGCUUUAGAGCUGCCUUUGCAUUGGAGAAUGCUCAGGCUAGAAGCUAGGGAUUACAUUCAAGUCUAUGAGAAAGAGAAAGACAUGAUCCCCUCUUUGCUUGAAUUUGCUAAAUUGGACUUCAACUCAGUACAGUGCACGCACCAAGCCGAUCUCAGGCGUAUGUCAAGGUGGUAUAAUGAUAUGGGGUUCGCAACUAAGCUACCAUUUGCUCGGGAUCGGAUCGUUGAAAACUGUUUAUGGAACAUUGGGUAUUUAUUCGAGCCCCAAUUUUCAAGGACUAGGGAAGCCCUCAUCAAAGUCCAUUGCUUAAUUACAGCGAUUGAUGAUGUUUAUGAUGUGUAUGGCUCGUUAGAUGAACUGGAACUUUUCACUGAAGCUGUCCAAAGGUGGGAUUUGAACGCCAUGGAGAACCUUCCAGAUUACAUGAAAAUAUGUUAUUUGGCAUUGUACAACACAACAAACAUGAUUUCAUACGAUAUUCUCAAGGAGAAAGGAUGGAAUAUCACAAACUACCUUAAAGAUAUGUGGGCAGGAUUAUGGAAAGCGGACUAGUUGGAGGCAAAGUGGUUUAGCAUGGGGCACAAACCAACCUUAGAAGAAUACUUAAAUAACUCAUGGGUUUCAAGUUCAGUGCCAGUUAUCUUGAUUCAUGCAUACUUCCUCAUUGCACAAAGCAUCACACAAGAGGCAAUAGAUUACAUUACCACUGAAUCAAGACUCAUUUAUUGGUCAUCAAUGGUCCUUAGACUGUGCAACGACUUGGUAACAAGUCCGGAUGACAUCCUAAGAGGGGAUGUCCCAAAAUCUAUUCAAUGUUAUAUGCAUGAAACAGGGGCAUCUGAGGAAGCCGCACAAAAACAUAUCAAGGAGAUGAUUAGAGAUGCAUGGAAGAACCUCAAUGCAGAGUGUCUUGCACCAUCCAUCUUGCCAAAACCCUAUGUCAAUUUCGUAGUUAAUCUUGCACGGAUGGCCCAUUGUGCCUACUCGAAUGGAGAUGGAUUUGCAAGACCUGACUCUGAGACUAGGGAACAUAUUAAUAGAUUGUUCAUUCAUUCAAUUCCACUAGAUUAACCUAUUUGUGUACCCAUUCCAAUAUACUAUUUUAAUUCACGCAAAUGCCUUCGUUCAGAUGGGAGAACUAUUCAUUGAUUAACUAUGUGAGCCAAGCUGUGUCAAGAUCCUGUAAAUUGUUGUUAGUCUCUCUAGACCUGAUUUGGUGUUCUGCACUUAGUGGCAUGAUCCUUUGCAACAAAAAGAAUGUUGACUUGGAUGAUAUUUAUUUAGUUCCACAAAUUAACUAGUAGUGUAAUUAUGUAAUCAAUGCUAUUGUAUCGUUUUUAUGGUAA